CUCCCGCAACCCGAACGGUGACCCGGCGGCGAGACCCGGAGCCCAGGACAGGAAAGCGGGGAAACAUUUGUGAAGUCCCCCCCAUGUGUUCGGUCCCCCCCCCCUGCAGGCACCCAGCUGAAGGAGGAGGAAGCGGCUGAACUCCCGAGCGAAGGUGAAGGAAUGAUGUAAUUCGUAUACGACGUAGAGGCAUCUUUUGUUUGCACUUGUGAAACUGCCCUUUCAACUGACAAAGGAGGAAAGAAGCUCUCGGGCAGCCAACUCAGAGGAGUCCGACGGCAGACUCAGCUGCCAGCAGGAUGACCUGAUGCAUCUGGGGAGCACAAUGAGCUGGACAGAACCAUAACAGCCCACCACUCUGCUCCUCCACCCCCUCUUCAUCUGGGCAGUGAUGGCCUCCGAGAGCCCCCGAUGCAGGAUACUGACUGCCGAGACGCUGGUUACUUGGAUGGAAGGGGGGACGGAGAAGGUGCUGCUCAUAGACAGUCGCCCCUUUGUGGAGUUCAACACGGCUCAUAUUCUGGAAGCCAUCAACAUCAAUUGCUCCAAGCUGAUGAAGAGGAGGCUACAACAAGACAAGGUCCAGAUCGUGGAGCUCAUCCAGCAUUCGGCCAAGCAGACGGUGGAGUUGGACUGCCAGGCCCAGCAGGUGGUUGUGUAUGAUCAGAGUUCCGUGGACGUCUCUGCUUUGCCUGCUGAGUGCUUCCUGUCUGUGCUACUUGGAAAACUGGACAAACUGUUCCACAAUGUGCAACUUCUCUCAGGAGGCUUUUCAGAAUUUUCCGCGUGUUUCCCCGGGCUGUGUGAGGGCAAAGCUUCUAUGGUGCCCACUUGCAUCUCCCAGCCCUGCCUGCCCGUAUCCAGCGUGGGCCCCACCCGCAUCCUCCCUCACCUGUACCUCGGCUGCCAGCGGGACGUGCUCAACAAGGAGCUGAUGCAGCAGAAUGAAAUCGGGUAUGUACUGAACGCCAGCAACACCUGCCCCAAACCGGACUUCAUCUCAGACUCCCACUUCCUGCGCAUACCCGUCAACGACAGCUUCUGCGAGAAGAUCCUGCCGUGGUUGGACAAAUCUGUGGAUUUCAUAGAGAAAGCCAAGGCUUCAAAUGACCGAGUCCUUGUGCACUGCUUAGCUGGAAUCUCCCGUUCUGCAACCAUUGCUAUUGCAUAUAUCAUGAAGAGAAUGGAUAUGUCGCUGGAUGAGGCUUAUAGGUUUGUGAAGGAGAAGAGACCAACCAUCUCACCGAAUUUCAACUUUCUCGGGCAGCUUCUAGACUUUGAGAAGAAAAUUAAGGCUCAGACGGGGCAAGCGGCGCCCCCCUGCAAACUGAAACUCCAACUGGAUCUCAGCACCAACGAGCAAGCCGGCUCCACCGACACCCACCAACCGCCAAGCCCGCUGCCUCCCCGUCCUACCUCAGCAGAGCAGCGGCCCCAGCCCUCCAGAGUUCAGCCUCCCCCUCCCAUAGAGGAGGCCCCGCUCCUGCAAGGCCUCAACGGACUCCACGUGUCUCCUGCGGAGAAGCUGGGGGACAGCAAUAAAAUCAAGCGCUCUUUCUCUCUGGAUAUUAAGUCGUUGCCUUUUUGUGGUAUAACCAGCACCGCGUGCCUUUCCGCCGGGUCGGAGGACAACACCGAGUUCUAUAAGCCUCCCGCUACGCUGGAGGGCGGCGGCAAGAUGUGCCAGUUCUCGCCGGUGGAGGAGGUUUCCGAGCAGACUCCAGAGCCGAGUCCGGACAAAGAGGAAGCGGCGGGAGUUCUAGAUAAACCCGUUGGUACCCGGCCGACAGAGGCUACUCUCAGGCAACCGCACCACGCGGGACGGGCCAGUGUUCUGUCCCAGAGGUCACUAGCGGCCCCACUGUUCCGCAGCGGCAGUAUGGAGGAUAACCGCAAAGCAAACUUCCUGUUUGGACUCUCCAGCAGCCAGCAGCACCUGGCCCGGUCCGGCUUGGGCCUCAAAGACUGGCACUCGGACAUCCUGACAACACAGGCCACCUCACUAACUGGCAGCUGGUACUUCACCUCGGACUCCCCCUCUCACUUCUACUCUGCCUCCGCCCUGUACGGCGGCGGGACAUUCGCGGCUUACAGCUGCGGGCAACUCCCGACAGAUACCCCCUGUGCUGUGCGCAGGAGGCAGAAACCCUCGGCCCGGGGGGACUCGCGGCGCAGUUGGCACGAGGAAAGCCCCUUUGAAAAGCAGUUCAAGCGCCGCAGCUGCCAAAUGGAGUUUGGGGAAGGGCUGGGGGACAGCAGGUCCAGAGAAGAACUGGGCAAAGUGGGCAGCCAGUCUAACUUCUCGGGGAGCAUGGAGAUCAUCGAGGUGUCCUGAGACUGGUUUGGGGGGGCCGGGAGGGUAUGGGGGAGCCAGCGAGCUGAGCUUCUCUUCUCAUUGGUUGUUUUUAUUCUUCUUUUUCCCUGUUAAUCUGAAUCAAUAAUCCACACAGUAGCGUGCUGGGGGGGAACUGUCUUAAUCUGUAUUUACAGCACUAUAUCCCCCCCCCCCCCACCUCUGAAAACAUGAGGUCUCCACCCCUCAGGGAGCCCCCCCUCAACCGGAUGCACUAGAACCUUCCAUUCCUGAUUUCAAUAUAAAAUACUCUUUGCUAGGUCAGAUCUGCAGUGGUAGUUGCUGGCAAGGUCAAGGUUGGGCAGCCCUGACUGAGGUGGUUCCCUCUCCCCCCAAACUCAGUUCCUACCCCCCAAACUCAGUUCCUACCCCCCAAACCCAGUUCCUACCCCCCAAACCCAGUUCCUACCCCUCAAACCCAGUUCCUACCCCCCAAACCCAGUUCCUACCCCCCAAACCCAGUUCCUACCCCUCAAACCCAGUUCCUACCCCUCAAACCCAGUUCCUACCCCUCAAACCCAGUUCCUACCUCAACCCAGUUCCUACCCCAAAUCCAGUUCCUACCCCUCAAACCCAGUUCCUACCCCCCAACCCCAGUUCCUACCCCCCCAAACCCAGUUCCUACCCCCCCAAACCCAGUUCCUACCCCCCAAACCCAGUUCCUACCCCCCAAACCCAGUUCCUACCCCCUCAAACCCAGUUCCUACCCCCUCAAACCCAGUUCCUACCCCCCAAACCCAGUUCCUACCCCAUGUAGUUAUUUCUCAUAUGAAUCAGAGUGCAAUGUGGAAAUGGGCCUGAGUGUACAUGUCCGAAGUAUAUAUCUGUGUGUGUUUGUUUGUUUUGACGAAUCAGAUCUCUCUAAAUCCUGCCGCCCACCAAUCACAGACCCCCUUAUUCAUGGCUGGCCCCAGUGGAAUGAUGGUGUAGGUAUGUGAAGGGCCUUUGUACUGGUAAGGGAAGAUGGAAGCUCGGUAUAUAGGGAUUCAAGCGAUGGACUCUUUGUGUUGAUUGGUCGUCUUUCUUUGGGUAAAUUCUUGCUGAUUUUAAAGGGAAACAGUCUCUGCCUUUUAUACAGAAAAGAGCCGUCGUCGCCCCCCCCCCCCCCCAGCCUGGAAAUCAUGUGACACGCACGUUUUAAUGAACAAAACUACAUAAUAUUUUUAGGAUGUAAAAUUACUAAGUCAGGUGAUUUAAAAAAAAUUACUUUUUAAUAUCUAAAAAAUGUUAUGAAAGGGGAAAUGUAUCCUGGUGUUAAUGUGCUAUUUCCCCUUAAGACUAGGAAACUGUAGUCUCGCCCACUGCCUUAUCAAUCAGCGCCCUCUAUUGGUCAGAUACAGGCAAACCAGUAAAACCUUACUCUUCCAUAGAUGAUACAAGACAAUUUGAUUCAUUUCCCCCCAUGGUUUUAUUGAUUCUUACAAGGUACAGUAGCCCAAAAUGUCUGCCUCCCCUUGGAACCAGAAUUGCAAAAGUCCAGUUUGCUGGCCACAAAGAGAAGGUUUGAGUUGGAUUGUGGGUGCGUAAGGCAACAUGGCGGUGCCCGAUCGUGUAAUUUAGAGUCCUCUAUUAUAGCUCAAAGAGGUGUUCCCCAAUUAGGAGCUAGGUGACUGGUGGCCUUAAUAAGUAGUCUGGGGGCCCAUUAUUUCUGCACGACGUGGUUACACAUUACUCCCUAUGGGAGCAGCCCGACCACCACUGCUCCGUUAGUGGGUCUGCAUUUUCAGGCUGCUGUAGCUUUAGUACGAUCAGGGCCGCCAUCAGAAAUGACGGGUCCCUCCCAUCAGUACAAGAGACACACAGACAUAGCCAGGGCCCCCCUAAAACAUUGCUGGUUCUCCCCCACUCUCCUCAUACUAUGGCCCACUCCCCACUGCUUUCUGCUCCCCCAACAUGCUCCCCCCUCAGCAUCCUCCAGCUUCCCCCAGCAUCCUCCAGCUCCCCCCGGCAUCCUCCUGUUUCCUGCAGCCCCACCUGCUCCCCCCAGCAUCCUCCUGCUUCCUGCAGCUCCCCCCCAGUGUCCUGCUGCUUCCUGCCGCUCCCCCUGCUCCUCCAAGCUUCUUCUGGCUGUGCCCUCUUGCUAUGCCCCCGGCUCCCCGCUGCAUCCACUCUUUUUAUAAGGUUGUACCCCGUGAGUACUGACGUCACACAUACGCACGGGGCACAACCAAUCGAAUUACCUGCUGACCACCAAUGACGGGGUACGUAAUUCUUUAAAGCGAGGAUCGUCCAAGCCCGGGACAACUGCCCCCCCUGUGCCCCCCUGAGUACGAUGAUGCUGCCAAAGCCAAUGCCAUUACCAGGAAUUUCAGGCCUUGGAGCUGCACGUUUGUAUUGGUCCAAAAUGCACUUUUGCAGAACCAACGACUUAAGUUUCCCUUUAAAACUGCCCAAGAUACUGAACCAUUUCUAUUAACCUUAUUACAAUCAGUACGUCUGAUUCGCCAGUGCCUGCCCCAAUCAGUGGAGACCUAUUUAGACUGAUUUCCUAGCACUAGAUGUAGAACGGAACCAGUGGGCACGGAUUUACUUUGUAGGAAAAUACACCAUUUUGUGGCUUUAUUUCUCUUUAAUGAAUCCAGUAUAUUUGGACGUUUCUACAGAAAUGAAUGAUUUUUUUGGUAUGGGGAGGUCUGUACCUAUAUCCCGGCUCAAUCUUUUUUUUAAACAAAUAAAUAUAAACUGAUGGCAAACAAUGUCACACCACUAUCUUGUUAGAAUUUGUAUUAAAAAAAAUACUCAUAUUAGAUCUGUGUAAACAGUAAAAUAAAAGAAAUAUUCUUGC